AUGUUGACUCCUCCUGGCGACGACGAAGCCACAGGUUCUCAUGCCCCCAUACCAGCCAUCCCGAACAUGUCCACGCUCCCGAGCGUCGCAGCAGAGCUCACUCCCGGGUGGCUGUCAACCGUGCUGAAUCGCAAUGUCAAGUCUGCCGACCUGGUGGGGUUCUGGCCAGGCACGGCCAGCAAGGCCUUCCUGAGUGUUGUGUUCGACGAUGACUCGGCGUCCAGGCCAGUCAGGCUGUGCGUCAAGGGCGGCUUCCAACCGGAGUUCCUCAGACAGCAGCCAUUCCUGGUCAGUCUGUUCCAGCGCGAAGUCGACUUCUACAACCGCAUCGCUCCGACCCUCGACCACAUGGGUCUCCCGCCCGUGCACUGGGCCGGACACACCGCGGAGCAGGGCAUCAUCAUAUUCGACGACCUCGCCGCCCACGGGUGCACCUUCGUCCCUCCCACCGAGACCUGGCCGGCCGACCGCGUCUUGGCGGGCGUCGAGCAGCUCGCGGCCCUGCACGCCAAGACCUGGGGCGUCCAGCCCGCAGACUACCCCUGGCUGACGUCGGACUACGACCAGAUCAUCCUGACGCUGCUGGAGACCUACGACCAGGUGGUCAACGGCCCCGACCGGCCCGACAUCCCCGCAGCCCUGCGCAACCAAGCACGCGUGACCGCCGCGGUCAGGAAGCACUUUGCCAUGCGCAACCCCCGGUUCCAGUGCCUGCUCCACGGCGACCCGCACGUGGCCAACGCCUACCUCGAGAACGGGGCGCCGCGCUUCCUCGACUGGCAGACCGUGCACAUCGGCUCGGCCUUCCAUGACGUCGCCUACUUUGUAGCCGGGGCGCUGUCGAUCGAGGACAGGCGGACACACGAGUGGGAUAUCCUGGCGCACUAUCUACGCACCCUGCAGAGGCUCGGCGGGCCGUCGCUGUCGCCCAUGGAUCAGGAGGUCGUGUUUGAGUACAAGAAGUCGCUUCUUGCGGGGAUCGGUUGGAUCAUGUGUCCGUACAGCAUGCAGGCCAAGGAGAACGUCAUGGCGCUGGCGGUGCGGUAUGCGGCCGCGCUGGAUGACAGCAAGGUGUUGGAUCUGGUGGAGCGCUUGGCGAGAUCCAGCAUGGGAGCGUGA